AUGGACGUGGAUGCCACCCUUCUGCUGCUCAACCACACACACCACUUCGCUCCCACGUUCUACAGCAGAAACCACGCCGAUUUUACCCCAACGCUGCUCGUCGAAAACCUCUCCGAUCCUGAGGUGAACAUCACUAGGUCGCUGUCUAGGCUUACUUCGCCGUGGGCGGUCACCAUAGCCGUGCUCUUGGUGUUCCUUUUCUCCCCGAUGAUCCUGAUAGGCAACUCCCUCUUUCUGGUGGCCAUGUGUCGUUUCAAGCGACUGCGCACUCCUAGCAACUACCUCUUCAUGUCUCUGGCGACCUCUGACCUGGGUAUCGGGAUGUACAUGCCUGUAGGAAUGUAUCUAGAACUUGGAGGAUGGGCACAGCACUUUACUAGCGUGAGGGUGUGUCUCUUUAGUUAUGGGGUUGUUAUCACCCUCUGCUGUGUGUCAGUGCUUGUCAUGGUAGCUAUUGCUGUGGACAGGUUCACCUCGCUCGCAAAGCCGCUCAGGUACAACAACUUAAUUACCCACUCAGCCGUAGAAAGAUACAUUGUUGUAUUUUGGGCGUACUCUAGCCUGGUGGGAUUUACUCCCUUGGGAUAUUCUGUUGUCGAGCAACCGGAUCAGAGAGUUGAAGACUGCUCAUUUAGCCACAUAGUGGCCAAGCCCGUGCAACUGUUCAUGUUCUGCGCUGUAUACGGUCCCAGCGUACUGGUGUUGCUCGCCUGCUACGGCUACGUGUACCUAGUGGCCAGGGGCCAUGCGAGGGCCAUCAGGCAUGAGGCCAGGCAUUCCAGUAUGCAUCAUCGAGUUCCUCAUCAUAGGCAUGUGCAUGGACAGCAUGUUGCGCAUCAUCAUCAAGCCAAGUAUGGUUUGGCAUUGGCCAUUACUGCUGGGAUGUUUCUUGUGCUGUGGGCACCCUUCCAGGUAGGUUAUGGUUUUGAAGAUAAUCUAAUAUCCACACAAGAAACAGAUAUUGUUCUAGUACAGUAUUGUGCUGUUUAG